UCUUUCCAUCUCCUUCGUCUUCUUCUAAUCCUUCCCUCAAUUAGGGCUAAAAAUAAUUUCCCCACAUUCAUCACAACCAAUUCAAACAUAAACAAUGUGUCGAUUAAGCAACAUAGUUCUGUGUCUUCUAAAUUGUUGCACGUUAAUCAUCAGCCUAAUCGCCAUCUUCGCCGCCCUCCACGUCCGCAACCACGGCGGCACCGCUUGUCAAAAGUUCCUUCAGGACCCUGUUCUCAUCGUCGGAAUCUUCUUCUUCGUCAUUUCGUUGUUUGGCCUAAUUGGAUCCUGCUGCCGCCUCAAUUCCAUCCUCUACCUCUACCUGAUUGUGUUGUUCUUGUUGAUUUUAGCGUUAAUGGCGUUCACAAUUUUCUCAUUAUUGGUGACCAACAAAGGAAUUGGACAGGCCGUAUCUGGAAGGGGAUAUAAAGAAUAUCGGCUUGGGGAUUACUCGCAUUGGCUUCAGAAUUACGUCGUUAGUGAUGAAAAUUGGAUUCGGAUUCGGAGUUGUUUAAUUGAUACGCUCAUGUGUCACAACCUUGCUAAGGAAUUCAAUGGAAGAGAGGCUGAUUUCUUCAACCACAAUCUCUCCCCGAUUGAGUCGGGUUGUUGCAAGCCACCGACGUAUUGCGGGUUCAAGUUCAAGAACGCCACAUACUGGGUAAUCCCAAAAGCAGGGCCGGCGGUGACUGACAGCGACUGCACCGCCUGGAGCAACAAGCAGACCAUUCUGUGCUACGAUUGCAAGUCUUGCAAAGGCGGAAUUCUAGCCAACAUCCGCAAGGAAUGGAGACAUUUUGCUAUUUUCAACACUUGUGUUCUCACAGUCAUCACUAUCAUCUAUUGCAUCGGCUGCUGCGCCACCAGAAACAACUAUAAGCAUAGCUACCGCUAUCCUUAAAUAUUCUUUAUCCUUUGAUUCCUUGCUUGGAACAUGUUUGGAAUAAUUUCGUCUUUCUCCAAAUUACGUUUUUAAGCACUUAGAGAUUCAUUUCAGAAAAAUCUGUCAUUAGGUUGUUUGAAGAUUUAUAUGGUGAUAAGG